UCCCGAAGGCGGGACUUCCGGAAGCCGCGAGCUGAGGAAAGGAGCGGUCGUCAGUGAGAGAGGCUCCGUCCCACCUCUUCCGCUCGGAGGCCUAUAGCGGGCCGCGCCUCCUCUCCGCCUCCGCCUCCGCCUCCGCCUCCGCCUCUGCGGGCUGGACCGUGUUUUUAACUCAUCCGUGUGAUGAGCUUCUCCGUGUGAGAGACUGCCGUUUGCGUUUUAGUUCAAUGGCUCCUGGACGCCAUUCUGUCCUCGAGUCUCCGCUCGACUGUUCCGCGCGACCGCGACCGAGUCAAACCGAACACACUCGGCAGCCGCUGACCUCACCAGCUGCUUUUCCACACGCGUCACAGCGAACGCCCGGGUCACAGUCGCCUUUCUCGUGCGCCGUUACUUCCUUUCCCGAAGGCGGGACUUCCGGAAGCCGCGAGCUGAGGAAAGGAGCGGUCGUCAGUGAGAGAGGCUCCGUCCCACCUCUUCCGCUCGGAGGCCUAUAGCGGGCCGCGCCUCCUCUCCGCCUCCGCCUCCGCCUCUGCGGGCUGGACCGUGUUUUUAACUCAUCCGUGUGAUGAGCUUCUCCGUGUGAGAGACUGCCGUUUGCGUUUUAGAUUCCUGACCACUGUGAAAGACCCUUGAUAAGAGAUAUUUAUUACCUUGUAUGGUGAGAACAAGCCUUUUAUCUUGGCAUACAGGACACAGAGUAGCAGGAACAGCACAUUGGAGGACUCUGAAAUAUAGCCAGAAGAAAUGAAUUAUCAAUAUUAAGUACCAACUUGAUAUGUCCAUGUGAUUCAAGGACAUGGAUCACUCAGCGAUUGGAUAUUACUGUCGAGAUCAAUACUGGGAGGCUGCGACAGCGGUGGCUGCGCAGCAAUGGAACAUAGUAGCUUACACAAGAGCUGAAGUGUGGUCUGAAAGACAAUAUGAUUAUGAACGACUUCCAAGAGAACGAGUGCCUCCCCGAAGCCAUCCCAGUUAUGGCUACCAUAGAGUAGUUAAUAUUGUGCCAAGGAGACCACCUCUAUUAGACAAGAUACUACCUGUGAUGGACAAGACACCAACUGUGCUGGACAAGACACCAACUGUGCUGGACAAGACACCAACUGUGCUGGAAAGGACACCAUCUAUUCUGGACAACAGACCACCUAUUCUGGACAACAGACCACCUAUUCUGGACAACAGACCACCUAUUCUGGACAACAGACCACCUAUUCUGGACAACAGACCACCUAUUCUGGACAACAGACCACCUAUUCUGGACAACAGACCACCUAUUCUGGACAACAGACCACCUAUUCUGGACAACAGACCACCUAUUCUGGACAACAGACCACCUGUGCCAGACAAGAGACCACCUGUGCCAGACAAGAGACCACCUGUGCCAGACAAGAGACCACCUGUGCCAGACAAGAGACCACCUGUGCCAGACAAGAGACCACCUGUGCCAGACAAGAGACCACCUGUGCCAGACAAGAGACCACCUGUGCCAGACAAGAGACCACCUGUGCCAGACAAGAGACCACAUGUGCCGAACAAGAGACCACAUGUGCCAAACAAGAGACCAUAUGUGCCGAACAAGAGACCUCUGUUAACCAGACCUGAUGAAGGCUACAAUAGAUAUUACAGUCAUGUUGAUAGCCGUAGUUUUUCUCAUGAUCGAAGGAAUGGCCCAUCUUAUAGAGGAAAUGAAUCUGGCUACAGAUGGGCAAGAGAUAAUCAUUCCACAAGCUGGCAGCCUGACUACCAGAUCAUGAGAGAUGGCUUUAGAAGAAAACGUUUUUAUUCUUCUCAUUAUUCAAGAGGCCGGUCUCCCCAUGAAAGGGAUUCUCCCUUCUUCAGAGGAUCAACUACAGGCUAUAAGAAUUUCCCACACAGCAGAUAUGACUCCAACAUCAGUAAUAAAAGCCAUUCUCUUAAGCGAAGCAAGACACAUUCCUACCAUCAGUCUCAGAAUAGAAAUAAAAAGAGAUACACCCAGUCUUUAAAAACUUCAAAAUAUACUUCACCCUCGCGUUCAUCAGUGGUUCCUUCAUCCAAGGUGUUAGACAAACCGAGCAGUCUACCUGAGAAGGAACCCGAAAAGGCUGAAAGCAAAUGGGCUAACAAGGCACAAGAGAAGUCGGACAAAAAUAACUUGGAUGAAAUUUCUCAGUUUGAGGCAGGAUCCGUGACAUCUGUAUUUACUGGCCAGACUGGCCAGACAGAAGAACCCCAGUCACCUGUAUUUACUGGCCAGACUGGCCAGACAGAAGAACCCCAGUCAAACACAACAGAUGGCACAGAAAUGUAUAAAGACAACCAGCUUAGCAGCCGCUGUGAAGCCAUUACAUCAAAAGUCAAAGAAAUCCAGCAAGUUUACGUACAAGACUGUGAGACGAUCGGGAUGGUGGUGAAAAUGCUGAUUGAAAAAGAUCCCUCCUUAGAAAAGUCUAUUCAGUUUGCACUGAAGCAGAGCUUACAUGAGAUUGGUGAGCGCUGUAUUGAAGAAGUCAAGAAUUUCAUUACUGAGUAUGAUAAUUCUACUCAAGAUUUCGGAGACCCUUUUAAGAAGUAAUACCCAGGUCAAAAAAAUUUAGAUCUUUUUCUCCUUGGAUUGUGUAAAUCCUUACUAUUCUGUGAUAAAUUUCUAGUAUUAAAUAAACAUCUACCUUUUAAAAUA